CUGCCCGCUGUCAGCAGAGAGCACACACGGCAAUGAUGGCGGCGUUCAGGGUGGCCCACAGCAGCAGCGGACUGAUAAACGGGUUGAGGACGUCUUUCAGGAGUUUUGCGGCAGUGAAACAUGGCGCAGUCACUGCCGUAAUGGCGCAGACCACCCUGCAACGGGACUGCCGCCGGUACUCUGUCAGCCACCUGUCCGUUAAGGAGAGGAUUGACAUUAAACGGAAGGCGGCGCUGAUCGGGGGAGGUCAGCAGAGAAUAGAUGCACAACACAAAAGGGGUAAGCUGACAGCCAGGGAGCGAGUGGAGCUUCUGUUGGACCCUGAGUCCUUUGUGGAGUCUGACAUGUUUGUGGAGCAUCGCUGCUCUGACUUCGGCAUGGAGCAGGACAGGAACAAGUUCCCGGGUGACAGCGUGGUGACAGGCCGAGGCAGGAUCAAUGGCAGGCUGGUUUAUGUGUUCAGUCAGGACUUCACAGUGUUUGGUGGCAGUCUGUCUGGAGCUCACGCACAGAAGAUCUGUAAGAUUAUGGACCAGGCCAUGACAGUUGGAGCCCCGGUCAUCGGGUUGAAUGACUCUGGAGGAGCUCGAAUCCAGGAGGGAGUGGAGUCUCUGGCUGGAUAUGCAGAUAUAUUCCUGAGGAACGUGAUGGCUUCAGGAGUCGUCCCCCAGAUCUCCCUCAUCAUGGGUCCCUGUGCAGGAGGAGCUGUCUACUCCCCUGCCCUGACAGAUUUCACCUUCAUGGUUAAGGACACAUCAUACCUGUUUAUCACAGGCCCUGAUGUUGUGAAGUCUGUCACCAACGAAGAUGUGACUCAAGAGGAGCUCGGUGGAGCCAAAACGCAUACCACUGUGUCAGGAGUGGCUCACCAUGCUUUUGAUAAUGACGUCGAGGCCUUGCUCAACUUGCGAGAGUUCUUCAACUUCCUGCCGCUAAGCAAUCAGGACCCCGCCCCCAUCAGGGAGUGCCACGACAGCAGUGAUCGUCUGAUACCUGCAUUGGACACCAUCGUCCCGUUUGAGACGACCAAAGCCUACGACAUGUUGGACAUCAUUCAAGCAAUAGUAGAUGAGAGCGACUUCUUUGAGAUCAUGCCCAACUAUGCCAAAAACAUUGUGGUGGGAUUUGCCCGCAUGAAUGGACGCACUAUCGGCAUUGUGGGUAACCAGCCCAAAGUUGCUUCUGGUUGUUUGGACAUCAACUCUUCAGUGAAGGGAGCCCGCUUCGUACGCUUCUGUGAUGCUUUCAAUAUUCCCAUCAUCACCUUUGUGGAUGUUCCGGGCUUCCUGCCAGGUACCGCUCAGGAGUACGGAGGCAUCAUCAGACACGGCGCCAAACUGCUGUACGCCUUUGCAGAGGCCACUGUCCCAAAAAUCACCAUCAUCACAAGAAAGGCUUACGGGGGAGCCUAUGAUGUGAUGAGCUCCAAACACUUGAGGGGAGACGUGAACUACGCCUGGCCCACAGCUGAGGUUGCUGUCAUGGGCGCCAAGGGUGCUGUGCAGAUUAUUUUCAGAGGAAAGGAGAACCAGGCGGAGGCAGAGGCUGAAUACGUGGAGAAGUUUGCUAACCCCUUCCCAGCUGCUGUCAGAGGUUUUGUGGAUGACAUCAUCGAGCCGGCGACCACUCGCAAGAGGAUCUGCAGAGAUCUGGAGGUCCUGGCCAGCAAGAAACAGGUCAACCCCUGGAAGAAACACGCCAACAUUCCUCUGUAAAACACACCCAAACUGUUUCCACAUUAACACUAUCUAAAGGCACUCACUGUGGGAUUUUCCUGAUACGGACUUUGCAUUCAGAUGAACUGCAGUGGUAAGCUGUGAUGACCACUUGGGUAGUCUUCCAAGCAGAUGUUUGUUUUAUCUGUACCUCUUCGCUGAAAGCAGCACAUAAAGAUAGACUUCCUGAUUUUGUAUGUGUCUAAUAGCAGUCCCAAAUUUUGAGCCCUUCCAGCUCAUCGAUUAUGUUUUGAACAAAAACUGUGUUGGAACAUAAACCUUGAGCUUUUGGGGAUUUGGGGGAAAUAUUGGUGCUCUGUAAUCAAAAUCAGUAUCUGUAUCUUCACAACUUUACCACUGAAACGGAAGAUAUUAAGAGGAAAUUCCGAACACAUUUUACAGUACCUGAACAAAAGAUGGUGUUCACACAAAUUUACUGUAAUUUUCAUUUCAGUAGUGGCCAUAUUGGUCACUACUGAUGAUUUUACAUUUUAAGCACAUGUAUCUGAAAGGAUAGAUAACGCAUCACCGAUAAAAUGCUAUAGAAAAACCACAGGCAACUAACUGUCAACAUGAUGGUAUUAUGCAAACAUGCUGUCGUCUCUUGCCAUGUACAGUGUUUCCAAAGUUGUUUAUGUAUUGUAUUUAGUUGAGGUUUCAGCUUCAGAUGCACUCCCUGUGUUUGAUGUCCUCCAUUCAGGUCAAGAAAAAGUCAUCCUUACAACCUUGAACUGUGCCUUUCCUCUGGCAGGCUCUGCUCUGCCAUUUGUAAAAUAAAUCAUAGACUCCA